AGAUCCCUGUUGUACCAUUAUUUAUAUUGCUGUCAUAUGACAGCUCAGAUGUGUUUUUAAUUUUCUUGGUGUUACUUAACGUUUUUCUUGGGGAAAUAUUUUCGGUUUUCGUAAUUUUUGUGUUGUAUAUGAGUCGUGCAAGUUUGGGGGUUGCAAAAGUGAGGUUAGUGUAAUUUGUUGACGUGUAUAAGGACUGUCAAAAAAUUGGCCACGUUGGAGGAUUUCGGCGUUAAUUUUAAGAAUUUUUAAGAAAUAAAUGUUCAUAGAAGUGUCUUAAAAAGGUCUUAAAAUGAAAGUGAAAGACCUGGAAAGGACUGCAAAUGUUGCCUGGUCGCCUAAAAGUCAGUACCCUAUAUAUUUGGCUGCUGGUACAGCUGCUCAGCAGUUGGACGCUAGUUUUAACACAAAUGCUGCCUUAGAAAUAUACUCGUUGAACUUAUCAGAACCAGGGCCUGAUUUACAGCUAAUUUCAAGCGCUUCUAGUGAACAUAGAUUCCACAAAUUAAUAUGGAGUGAGCAAAACAAUGGUACAAUUGUCGGUGGAUGUGAUGGAGGGUUAAUAAAAAUAUACUCGUCUUCGAAGUUGCUAAAAAAUGAGGAAGCUCUUAUCGGCAAAACUGAAAAACAUUCGGGCCCUGUACAUGCCUUGGAUUUCAACCCAUUCCAAGCAAACUUGUUUGCUACUGGAGCAGCCGAAUCCGAGAUAUUUAUAUGGGAUUUAAACAACACUGCCUCCCCUAUGUCCCCAGGGGUGAAAUCUCAGCCUUUGGAGGAUGUUUUAUCGAUUUCGUGGAAUAAACAGGUUCAGCACAUAUUAGCUUCGACGUUUGCCUCCAAAUGUGUCAUAUGGGAUUUGAGAAAAAACGAGCCCAUUAUUAAAUUGACCGAUACGGUUUCGAGAAUUAGGUGGAAAGUUGUGGCUUGGCAUCCCGAGGUUGCCACACAGCUAUGUCUUGCUUCAGAGGAGGAUCAUUCGCCAAUCAUCCAACUGUGGGACCUCAGGUUCGCAACCUCCCCGCUAAAAACCCUAGAAAAUCACCAAAGAGGCGUCCUCUCUGUGACCUGGUGCAAAGACGACCCUGACCUUUUGGUAUCUUGCGGCAAGGAUAACCGUAUUUUGUGCUGGAACCCGAACUCCAACCAGCAGAACGGAGAAAUUUUGUCGGAAAUCGCCAACACCAAUCAGUGGACGUUCGACAUUUCCUGGUGCCCCAGAAACCCUGCAUUACUGGCCUGUCCCAAUUUCGACGGACACGUGUCGAUAUAUUCCUUGAUGGGGGGUAAAACACAGCAAAUCCAAACAACAAACAAAAUAGCCGAUUCUUUCCCUGGUAUGGAAGGUUACAUUCAAGCCCCGGUAUCUCAAACUGUGGCUGUAGUUAGCAACGACUUAUCUAAACCACCAAAGUGGCUCAAGAAACCUUGUGGAGCUUCAUUUGGGUUUGGGGGCAAGCUCAUAACAUUCGAGCACGACAAAAACCUUAUUUUAAAUGCGCAACAAAAUCUACAACCAGGGCAGCAAACCCCAAAAAUAUCUAGAAGUGUGCAAAUAAGCCAGGUCAUCACCGAGGCAGAUUUUGUUAAGAAAUCUGUCGAACUGGAGAAAGCGGUGGAAUACGGAAAUUUUACCGAGUAUUGUUCCGGUAAAGCCGAUUCAAUAUCCGAUCAGCACCAAAAGUACGUUUGGCACUUCCUGAGGGCUCAGUUCGAACCCAACUCCCGCGCAGAGCUUUUGAAUUUGCUUGGGUACAAAAUAGAGGACAUCAACAACACCCUGAACCUUGCGGUUGGUAAGACUGCCAAUUCGGUGGACCAACUUUCCGACGAUUUCGCCAGGCUCGAUGAUCUCGGCGGAGAUCCGUUCAACGACAUAGCCCGGCAAAAUAAGAAGAGGCUGAGCAAUUUCACCAUCGAAACUGGAAAUGACGACGACGGCCUCAUAACUCAAGCCCUGCUAUUGAACAACGUCGAAGCAGCUGUAGAACUGUGUUUGAAGUCUAAAAGAUUCGCCGACGCCUUGAUAAUAGCCACCACGGGAGGUGCAGAAUUGCUGGCCAAAACUCAGCACGAAUACCUCGCACAAAGCGGUGGGUACAUAUCCGAGUUGAUAUCGGCCAUGGUCUCCGAAGAUUGGGCUUCCAUAGUAAAAAACUGCGACAUAAACUCGUGGAAGGAAGCCCUGGCUGCAGCCCUAACCCACUCCAACGACGAGGACUUAGUAAAACUAUGCGAGCAAAUGGGUAACAGAUUGGAACAAGAAUCUCUUCCGAAUGAGGCUCAGCUGUGCUACAUUUGCGCCGGUAGUUUCGAAAAGUUGGUUUCCUCGUGGACGGAAGGUGGCAAACAGAGCACGCAAGAACUUCAAGAUCUGGUGGAACUCGUGACGUUUCUACAAAAAGCAGUGGAAAGACAGGGUCGAAAGGUUAAGGUGUCAGGUGGUUUGGCUGAUCUUUUGUCGAGAUACGCCUCACUGCUGGCCUCUCAAGGCGAACUGGAUACCGCAGUGGCUUACCUGGGAACAUCAACAGAUGAAAAAAUUUCCAACUUACGGGACCGCUUGUACGUGAGCCUGGGUAAGAAACCAGUAUUCGCUCACGAUGUGCGUCAACAGCAAAAUCGUCGCGGUAGCUCGCUGCGCACUUCGUUCACCAACAAUUCCGCGUCGUACGGUGCCCCGGUCAUGGCCAACCACUUCAACAGUCCCGCGCCUGUGCCCAAUCAAUUUAACCCUACCGCGCAGCAGCAGCAGCAGACCUUUAACACAGGCUUGCCAAGUGUCCCGCCUAGCCUAAAUCAACCGUGGCAACCUGCCGCAAUGCAGCCACCUAUCGGCAGUUUUCCCAAUCAAAGCAGGCCGUUUUCGCCGGCUCCCGUGGCGCCACCUAGGCCUCCGAGUGUCAAUAGCGCGCAAGGUUCUACGUCAAGCGGUCUUCCUUCGAAAAAAUACAUAUUAGACCCUUCGGUGACCUCGAACCAAUACGGCAACGCGUCGUACGCGCCGUUGCCACCUCAACAGCAACAGCAGCAAUACCAAAACAACUUCAACAACGCCCCGUUCGCCCCUCAAAACAACCACAUGCCCCCCACUCAAAUCUUGAACCCUGCGGCGCCAUCUUACGGCGUAGGCGGCGACAUGCAGGCUCCGCCCAUCGAUGCUGCGCAGAUGGCCGGCGCGCACAAUUACCAGGCCAACGCCCCGCCCGGCUGGAACGAUCCGCCAAUCAUAGCGAGGCAGAAAGCGCAGCCGAAAUCGGACCUAGGCUCCUCCGAACCCAUAACCCACCCCAUAUUCGGUACAGCCCCCUCUCAACCCCUCCCCACGUCGAACAACGGUUACGGCGACUUCGCUCCCCCACCCUCCAUGAUGUCCCCUCCCCCCAACACCCCCUACAACCCCGCGCAAGCGUUCCAACCCCCUCGGGCCGAAACAAACGCGUAUCAGCCCCCUCAAUCGUUCAACCCCGGUCAGUUUCAACAGAACGCCGUUCAGCUGAUGGGUCGCAAUGUCGGCGCCUGCGCCACGCCCGAACCGCCCGCUCCGGUGCAAAAAGCGCCCAUUCCGGAGGAGCACAUCCACAUGCAGACCGUUUUCGAUGAGUUGAGGUCCAGGUGUUCCUGCUCCUCGAAUAAUGCGCAAACUAAGAGGAAAUUGGAGGAUGUCGGUCGUAAAUUGGAGGUCUUGUACGACUUGUUGAGGGAAAAUAAGUUGUCUCCCAACACUCUAAACUCACUCCACCAGUUGGUACAACUGGUCCAAGAUGGGAACUACACUGGAGGGCUGGCUCUGCAUACUCAGCUCGUAUCAGGUCCGGAAUUCGCCAAAAUUGCCGCGUUUAUGCCCGGAUUAAAAGUUCUGCUGCAGUGUGCUUUAACUUUGCAAGUUUACUUGCGGUAGAAUUUGCCUAAAUUAAUUCAGAGCUUUUAUAAUAAUUAUUAUGGUAUAUCGUGACGUCAUUUGGUUUACCUUUUUUGUUUAACGUUUUUAAAAUGAUUUAUUUUUGUAAUAAUCAUGUAUUAUAGUACUAAUAUAUAUAAAUUUAAAUUUAAGCGAAAAUAUAUUGGCAUGUUUAUUAUUUCUAUUAUAUAAUGUAUAUGAAAGGUGCUUUUCAUAAUAAAUUUUAUUAAAAAUCA